CAUUGUUUUAUAUGGCUCCACUUUGUAGCCAUAUUCUCUUAAUGGAAUGCAGAUGUCACGUGACCAGAAUGCUCCGUACGGUGAAGGAAAAAUAGCAGUGAAGUCUCUCAGCAAGGGGUUCAUCACCCUUUAAUAUUCACCGAAGUACGUCAAGGUUUGUGGUUGCAUUAAAAGGUCAAAUGACGUCUUGGCAAAAACGUCAAUCGUGUAGCUGUCUACUGAGCUUGCCCAUAACAUCGCCAACGCGAUGCUAGCCAAAGUGCCAGGAAGUCGCAUCGUCUUCUAUUUUCUAAGUAGCCGUAGCGAAAAUUUGGAUUGAUGGAUGCCGAAAUGACUAAGGAAUUAAACAUUUUAUGAUGACAUAAAUGGCACUUAUUUUCUAGCUAGCUGACAUUCCACGCUUGGUUAUUGUUUACUAACCAGGCAACGUUAGCCAUCUUGUUAACUAAAGUAAGCGUGAGAUAUUUACCUAGCCUGCUGGAUAAAAAAAAAUGUUAUCUCCUACGUUGCACAAGGCUGUCGAUUGCGAUACAUUCAUACGUUUUUCUUAGAAACAUUGACAUUUUAAUUUAAAAAACUUUCUUGACCGAGGGAUGCGAAUGAGCUUCUGUAAUCGCUCAAACUAUAUUCUCAGUGACAUUGUGACAAGUAGAACGCUAGCCAGUGACGUCAUUUGUCAAGAUCGUAAUGCAGGAUCCCUGAGUAUCACGCACAAAAUUAAUUAGCUAUUCAUAAUUUGACCAAGUUGUAAAUACUUUACCGACGUAGGCAUCAAGGUCGUAUCCGGUUGAAUUUCCCUGACCAGAAUGUAGCCAUAUCUACACAAACUUAAACGCUACAUGUCUCAAGUUUUGCGGUAGCGAGCAAUUGGCAUGCUAACUGCAUGAAUGUCUACCAUAUAAUUUAAUGUUAAUUUGUCUUCCAUAAACUGCCUCGUUUUAGAGAAUUCGGCAGUUCGUCCAACCGGAAUUACAACCACGAGUAACCACGCCAGCCCAGGAGUUCCACACAUCGGGCUGCUUAACCCGUGGGAUCGUCUGAGACCAGCCACCUGGACAGCUGAUGAAACUGGGUUUGCACAACCGAAGAAUUUCUGUUAAACUCUCAGGGAAGCUUAUUUGCAUGCUCGUCGGGCGAACCAGGGUCUUGACCUGACUGCAGUUCGGCUUUGUAAACUACUUCAGUGGACAAAUGCUCACCUUCGAUGGCCACUGGCAAGCUGGACAUGUGCACUCUUCAAGAAUGAAUCACGGUUUCAACUUUACCAGGCAGAUGGCAGACAGCCUGUAUGGUGUCGUGUGGGUAAGCGGUUUGCUGGUGUCAACGUUGUGAACAGGGCCCCAUGGUGGGGUUAUGGUAUGGGUAUAGGCAUAAGCUACAGACAAUUUACGCAAUUUGAAUGCACAGAGCUACCAUGACGAGAGCCUAAGGCCCAUUGUCAUGCCAUUCAUCCACCACCAUCACCUCUUGUUUCAACAUGCAACAUGGGGCCAUGCAUUGUCAAUGCCCUGUACACAAUUCCUGGAAGCUGAAAAUGUCCCAGUUCGUACAUGGCCUGCAUACACACCAAACAUGUCACUCGUUGAGCACGUUUGGGAUGCACUGGAUCAACGUCUACGAUAGUGCAUUCCAGUUUCCACCAUUAUCCAGCAAGGUCACACAGCCAUUAAAGAGGAGUGGGACAACAUUACACAAGCCAGAUCAUCUCUGUACAAAGGAAAUGUGUCAUGCUGCACGUGGUCACCAGAGACUGACUGGUUUUCUGAUCUACACCCCAACCUAUUUUUUUUUUUAAAGGAUGUAACCCGGGCACUUGGAUGAAACCCGGGCACUUGUUGCUACAGCUGGUAUUAUGGCACAAUCAAUACUUUCAAGCAUUCACUGCUAAGUGUUAAUUUUAUUUGCUUUCAACUGGAGAUAGGUGAUGAAAGCCACUCAUAAAACAAGAGAAGCCCAGCCAUUUGCCAUGAGCAGUGAGCUUAACGUGCCCAUGGGCUCCCCAGCUCCGGGGGGCUUUGAGCGGAUGCCGGAGGGUGGAGGGAUGGACUACAGGGACUGGGUGCGCCGCAGCUACCUGGAGCUGGUCACCUCCAACCACCACUCUGUGCAGGCGCUGUCUUGGAGGAAGCUCUACUUGAGCCGGGCCAAACUGAAAGCCUCCAGCCGCACCUCUGCCUUGCUCUCUGGCUUCGCUAUGGUGGCAAUGGUGGAGGUCCAGUUGGAGAUCCAGUACAACUACCCACGAAUGCUCCUCAUUGCCUUUAGCGUUUGUACUACGGUGCUGGUGGCUGUGCACCUGCUCGCCCUGCUCAUCAGCACCUGCAUCCUACCCAACGUGGAGGCAGUCAGCAAUAUCCACAACCUCAACUCAGUCAGCGAGUCACCCCAUGAGCGCAUGCACCACUACAUCGAGCUGGCCUGGGGCUUCUCCACUGCCCUGGGCAUCCUGCUUUUCCUGGCAGAGGUAGUGCUGCUCUGCUGGAUCAAGUUCCUGCCCGUGGACUCUAGUUCCGCCAACCAGGUGGCGGUGGCUGCAGCAGAGCUGGCACUAUCCAAGCUGAACUGUAGUGGCCCCGCCCUGCCACCCAAGCCCACCCCUCUGCCAGGGCACAGUGGCUGGCAGGCAGCCCUGGCCUCCACCAUCAUUAUGGUGCCGGUGGGGGUUAUUUUUGUGGUAUUCACCAUCCACUUCUACCGCUCGCUGGUGAGCCACAAGACAGAGCGCCACCACCAGGAGAUCGAGGAACUGCACAAAAUUAAGGUGCUGCUGGACGGGUGCGAGAGAGGCCUACAGACAGUGUGAUUUCUUUAGCUCUUCUCUCUAUGCUCUUCCUGUCCACUGUCAAUGCCUUCUCACAUUGUUGAGAAGCACCAAAAUUCCACUGAAUAAGUGGGAGGAUUAAGGAUUUCCUUAUCCCCUAUUUAUCAAGCACCCUUUCCUAUUCAGCCUCUAGCCUGUUCAUUGUUAAUGUCUUCCUUAAAGAUUUUUUUGGCAGAGAGCCCCAAAACUCCACUUAAUAUGUGGGAAGUUUAAGGAAUUCUCAGCUCUACUAAAUUAUGGUGGUCAAAGUUCAUAAUAUGUUUGUUUGAUUUGGAAAAUAGUAUCUUGUCUCUGAGCUGUAUAGAUUAUAUUUUUAAAGAUUAUUUUAAAGGGCUAUUUUGUUAGUAGUUUUGUUUCAUCUCCACAUUUCAUUAAGGAAGUGGUGUCAACCCUCACAUGUGCUUAACUUGUUCUCACAAGGCUGUUAUUGAUGUCAGGCUAUGAUCAACACUGAGACCAGAGUUGUAAGCAGAUGCAGAAGCAGGUGGAAACAAAAGUCCAUUUAUUUUUGAAGGUGUUCAUGCUGCACCAAACAGUGUGUAAUGUACACUGAACAAAAACUAUAAACACAACAUGCAACAAUUUCAAAGUUACAAUUCAUGAAAGGAAAUCAGUCAAUUGAAAUAAAUUCGUUAGGCCCAAAUCUAUGGAUUUCACAUGACUGGGAAUACGGAGAUGCAUCUGUUGGUCACAUACGCAUAGAGUUGAUCGGGCUGUUGAUUGUUGCCUGUGUAAUGUUGUCUCACUCUUAGAUGGCUGUGCGAAGUUACUGGAGCACAAUCUUAUACGUCGAUCCAUAGCAUUCCGAACAUGCUCAAUGGGUGACAUGUCUGAGUAUGUAGGCUAAGGAAGAGCUGGGACAUUUUCAGCAUCCAGGAAUUGUGCACAGGUCCUUGUGGCAUGGAGCCAUGCAUUAUCAUGCUGAAACAUGAGGUGAUGGCGGCAAAUUAAUGGCAAGACAAUGGGCCUCAGGAUCUCGUCACAGUAUCUCUGUGCAUUGAAAUUGCCAUUGAUAAAAUGCAGUUGUGUUCGACGUCUGUAGUUAAUGCCUACCCAUACCAUAACCCCACCUCCACCAUGGGGCUCUAUUCACAACGUUGACAUAAGCAAACCGCUUGCCCACAUGAUGCCGUACACAGUCUGCCAUCUGCCAGGUCAGAGUUGAAACUAGGAUUCAUCCGUGAAGAGCACACUUCUCCAGUGGCCAUCGGAAGUGAGCAUUUGCUCACGACGCAGAACUGCCGUCAGGUCAAGACCCUGGUGAGGACGACGAACACGCAGAUGAGCUUCCCUAAGACGGUUUUUGCAGAAAUUCUUAGGUUGUGCAGCUGUCCGGGUGGCUGGUCUCAGACGAUCCCGCCGGUGAAGAAGCCAGAUUUGGAGGUCCUGGGCUGGCGUGGUUACGUGGUCUGCGGUUGUGAGGCUGGUUGAAUGUACUGCCAAAUUCUCUAAAACUACGUUGGAGGCGGCUUAUUGUAGGGAAAUGAACAUAACAUUUUCUGGCAACAGCUCUGGGGGACAUUCUUGCAGUCAAGCAUGCCAAUUGCAUGCUCCCUCAACUUGAGACAUUGUGGCAUUGUGUGAAAAAACUGCACAUUUUAGAAUGGCCUUUAUUGUCCCCGGCACAAGGUGCACCUGUGUAAUGACCAUGCUGUUUAAUAUGCUUCUUGACAUGCCACACCUGUCAGGUGGCUGGAUUAAUUUGGCAAAGGAGAAAUGCUCACUAACAGGGAUGUUAACAAAUUUGUGCACACAAUUUGAGAUGUUUUUUUUGUGUUGUAUGGAACAGUUCUGUGAUCUUUAAUUUCAGCUCAUGAAACAUGGGACCAACACUUAUGUUGCGUUUAUAUUUUUGUUCAGUCUAUUUGAAAGUGAAGAAUCUUAUUUGGGAUGGGGGGCUGCUCUAUACUCCAGCAUUUUGGAUUUGAGAUCAAAUGUUUCAUGAGACUACAGAAUGUCUGUCACCUUUUAUUGGAGGGUAUUUUCAUAUCGUUUUUACUGUUUUAGAAAUGAAAGCACGGUAUCUAUUCCCCCCAUUUAUGAAAAAGUCAAGUAUUUGGACAAAUUCACUUAAUACACUAAGUUUAGUAUUUUGUCUCAUAUUCCUACUCAAUGAUACCAUCACGCUUGUGACUACAAACUUGUUGGAUACAUUUGUAGUUUUGAUUUAGUUGUGUUUUCGAUUGUUUUGCCCAAUAGGAACUGAAUAAUGUAUUUUCAUUUUGGAGUGACCUUUUUUUAUUGUAAAUAACAAUAGGUGUUUCUGAACACUUUUUACAUUAACGUGGAUGCUACUAUGAUACGGAUCAUAACGAUGACUAUACAUGUUAGCAUGUUUUGUUGUAGCCUCUGAACGGUAUUUCACUUGUCAUUAUUCACAAUUCUUAAUCAGGGCAUUAUCAGGAUUAAUAUAGAUUUGUUCAAAAACAUCUUACUGUAUCUACUCACUUAGGAACUGAAUGAUGACUUGAAUUUCUUUCUAUUGGUCAAAACAACCCACAACCCACACAAAACAAAUCACAAACUUGAUGUAGUCAUUGUGUGCUAGGAUUAUAGGAUCAAAACUAAACUUUUGACUACUUUAAUACACUAAGUAAAUUUGCCUAAUAUACUUAGGACUUCUUAAAAUGCGGAGACUAGAUACAUCAAGUGCUUUCAUUUAUUUCUGAACAGUAAAACAUGUAUGAAGAUUCACCUUUUAUUUAAGGGUCAUUCUGUGCUGUCACCUCACAUUAAACAUUUGAUCUCAAAUCCAAAAUGCUGGAGUAUAGAGCCAAAUGUUAGCUUCACUGUCCAAAUACAUACGGAGGGGAGUGUAUCGCCGUAGGUGACAGUAAUGGGAGCACAUGCUGUGUGUGCAGACAUGCUUUGGGGAGAAUGUUAAUUUAAACUGCAUUAUAAUUCGUAUUUUAAAGAAAGCCCACCCAGGCCUAUAAACUGUACGUCAGUUCUUAGGCUACUCUAUGGUGUCAAAGAUAGUGCCUCAGCGUAUAAUCUCAUGAGUUAAGUUAGUUUUAUUUUAUUUUUUAUUUAACUAGGCAAGUCAGUUAAGAACAAAUUCUUAUUUACAAUGAUGGCCUACUAAAAGGCCUCCUGCGGGGGAUGCGAUUUUUUUUUUUUAUAUAUACCACACACACAGUGGGGCAAAAAAAGUAUUUCGUAAGCCACCAAUUGUGCAAGUUCUCCCACUUAAAAAGAUGAGGCCUGUAAUUUUCAUCAUAGGUACACAACUAUGACAGACAAAAUUAGAUUUUUUUUUCUCCAGAAAAUCACACUAGAUUUAAUGAAUUUAUUUGCAAAUUAUGGUGGAAAAUAAGUAUUUGGUCACCUACAAACAAGCAAGAUUUCUGGCUGUCACAGACCUGUAACAACUUCUUUGAUUAGAGGCUCCUCUGUCCUCCACUCAUUAUCUGUAUUAAUGGCACCUGUUUGAACUUGUUAUCAGUAUAAAAGACACCUGUCCACAACCUCACAGUCACACUCCAAACUCCACUAUGGCCAAGACCAAAGAGCUGUCAAUGGACACCAGAAACAAAAUUGUAGACCUGCACCAGGCUGGGAAGACUGAAUCUGCAAUAGGUAAGCAGCUUGGUUUGAAGAAUUCAACUGCGGGAGCAAUUAUUAGGAAAUGGAAGACAUACAAGACCACUGAUAAUCUCCCUCGAUCUGGGGCUCCACGCAAGAUCUCACGCCGUGGGGUCAAAAUGAUCACAAGAACGGUGAGAAAAAAUCCCAGAACCACACGGGGGGGACCUAGUGAAUGACCUGCAGAGAGCUCGGACCAAAGUAACAAAGCCUACCAUCAGUAACACACUACGCCGCCAGGGACUCAAAUCCUGCAGUGCCAGACGUGUCCCCCUGCUUAAGCCAGUACAUGUCCAGGCCAGUCUGAAGUUUGCUAGAGAGCAUUUGGAUGAUCCAGAAGAAGAUUGGGAGAAUGUCAUAUGGUCAGAUGAAACCAAAAUAGAACUUUUUGGUAAAAACUCAACUCCUCGUGUUUGGAGGACAAAGAAUGCUGAGUUGCAUCCAAAGAACACCAUACCUAAAGGGGAGGAUUGGGGGUGGAAACAUCAUGCUUUGGGUCUGUUUUUCUGCAAAGGGACCAGGACGACUGAUCCGUGUAAAGGAAAGAAUGAAUGGGGCCAUGUAUCGUGAGAUUUUGAGUGAAAACCUCCUUCCAUCAGCAAGAGCAUUGAAGAUGAAACGUGGCUGGGUCUUUCAGCAUGACAAUGAUCCCAAACACACCGCCCGGGCAAUGGAGUGGCUUCGUAAGAAGCAUUUCAAGUUCUUGGAGUGGCCUAGCUAGUCUCCAGAUCGCAACCCCAUAGAACAUUUUUGGAGGGAGUUGAAAGUCUGUGUUGCCCAGCAACAGCCCCAAAACACCACUGCUCUAGAGGAGACCUGCAUGGAGGAAUGGGCCAAAAUACCAGCAACCGUGUGUGAAAACUUUGUGAAGACUUACAGAAAACGUUUGACCUCUGUCAUUGCCAACAAAGGGUAUAUAAAAGUAUGGAGAAACUUUUGUUAUUGACCAAAUAAUUAUUUUCCACCAUAAUUUGCAAAUAAAUUCAUUGAAAACCCUACAAUGUGAUUUUCUGGAUUUUUUCCUUCUCAUUUUGUCUGUCAUAGUUGAAGUGUACCUAUGAUAAAUUACAGGCCUCAUCUUUUUAAGUGGGAGAACUUGCACAAUUGGUGGCUGACUAAAUACUUAUUUGCCCCACUGUAUAUAGGACAAAACGCAUCACGACGAGACAACACUACAUUUUAUAUUUUAAUUUAAUUUUUUACCUUUAACUAGGCAAGUCAGUUAAGAACAAAUUCUUAUUUUCAAUGAUGGCCUAGGAACAGUGGGUUAACUGCCUGUUCAGGGGCAGAAAGACAGAUUUUUUUACCUUGUCAGCUCGGGGAUUUGAACUUGCAACCUUCCGGUUACUUGUCCAACACUCUAACCACUAGGGUAGCAUAAAGAGAGACAACAACAUAGCAAGGCAGCAACAGAUGACAACACAACAUGACGACAACAACAUGGUAAAGACAUUAUUGGGCACAGACAACGGCACAAAGGGCAAGAAUGUAGAGACAACAAUACACCACGCAAAGCAGCCACAACUGUCAGUAAGAGUGUCCAUGAUUGAGUCUUUGAAUGAAGAGAUUGUGAUAAAACUGUCCAGUUUGAGUGUGUAUUGCAGCUUGUUCCAUUCAAUAGCUGCAGCGAACUAAAAAGAGGGACCCAGGGAUGUGUGUGCUUUGGGGACCUUCAACAGAAUGUGACUGGCAGAACAGGUGUUGUAUGUGGAGGAUGAGGGCUGCAGUAGAUCUCAGAUAGGGGGGAGUGAGGCCGAAGAGGGUUUCAUAAAUAAGGAUCAACCAGUGGGUCUUGUGACGGGUAUACAGAGAUGACCAGUUUACAGAGGAGUAUAGAGUGCAGUGAUGUGUCCUAUAAGGAGCAUUGGUGGCAAAUCUGAUGGCCGAAUUGUAAAGAACAUCUAGCCACUGUUGGGGAAUAAUCAGAAUUGGUGGGUAACAUAGAUAAGAUGUUUUAUAUUCAUGAUAUGUUUAUGAGUUAUUUCUCAUAAGAAUGUAUUUUGUUGUACUAUAGUGGUGGCCAUUGGCAGUUAUCUGUUCUAUGUCAAGACUAAGUUGCAUGGGCCGCAGAGAGGGGAGAGGUCAAGGUGUCAUCAUGUGUAAACAUAUCUUUUGCUCCACUGCGUCUGUGUGCCAGUCACUCCCUACUUUUCCCAUCGGGGAGAGGAGGAUGGCAGUGUCUGGAAUCAUUCUAUGCUCCCCGUGAGUUUGUCUAGGAUUGGUUUUAUUUAGAAUUGGAUAGAAUUUGAUAUAUGCCUGUUGAUAUGGAGGGUUGGUUUAUGGUUCUGGGUUUGAGUAAGGAGACAAAGCUGAACGAUUUAUUAUAUCUAUGCUGUCUGACUAUGUGUGUUCUUUGCUAUUAAAGGAUCUCAGUUGCAAGGUGUAAGGGGCUCUCAGAGAAUUCAUUGAUAGACACUGAAUUGAUCUGAGAGUCACAGGGUUGUGAUAGAGCUCAUAUAAUUAAAGAUGGACUUUGAUAACGAACUCUGACUUGUGGAAAUUUCCUCUAUUUACCAAAUCAUGGGAGCAAACCACACACGACACCACUCGAGAGCACCCUUACCUGCCGAUCUAUAGAUGUCUCCGUAAUCUAGCGUGGCUUGGAUGGUUAUCUGAAUCAGGGUUAGUUUGGCAGCUGGGGUGAAAGGAGUGAUUACGAUACAGGAAACCAAGUCUAGAUUUAACUUUAGCUUGCAGCUUUGAUAUGUGCUGAGAGGACAGUGUACCGUCUAGCCAUACUCCCAAGUACUUGUAUGAGGUGACUACCUCAAGCUCUAAACCCUCAGAGGUAGUAAUCACAUCUGUGGGGAGAGGGGCAUUCUUCUUAUCAAACCAUAUGACCUAUGUUUUGGAGGUGUUCAGAACAAGGUUAAGGGUAGAGAAAGCUUGUUGGACACUAAGAAAGCUUUGUUGUGGAGCAUUUAACACAACCUGGGGAAGAGCCAGCUGAGUAUGACUAUCAUCUGCAUAUAAAUGUAAUAGAGCGCUUCCUGCGGCCUGAGCUAUGUUGUUGAUGUAAAUUGAGAAGAACGUGCGGCCUAGGAUUGAGCCUUGGGGCACUCCCUUGGUGACAGGCAGUGGCUGAGACAGCAGAUGUUCUGACUUUAAAGACAGCACUCUUGAGAGAGGUAGUUAGCAAACCAGGCCAAAGACACUAAUACUUCUUAGCCGGCCCACAAGAAUGGAAUGGUCUACCAUACCAAAAGCUUUGGCCAAGUCAAUAAAAAUAGCAGCAGAACAUUGCUUAGAAUCAAGGGCAAUGGUGACGACAUUGAGGACCUUUAAGGUUGCAGUGACACAUCCAUAACCUGAGCGGAAACCAGAUUGCAUACCAGAGAGAAUACUAUAGACAUCAAGAAAGCCAGUCAGUUGAUUGACAAGUUUUUCCAAAACUUUUGAUAAACGGGGCAAAAUAGAAUUAGGCCAAGAUCUCCCCCUUUUAAAUAAAGUACAAACCGUGGCUACCUUCCCAGAAAGGAGAGAGGCUUGGCGAUGAUAGGGGCAGCAACCUUGAAGAAGAAAGGGUUUAAACCAUCUGACCCAGAUGUUUUUUUGGGGUCAAGUUUCAGAAGGUCCUUUAGCACCUCAGACUCAGUGACUGCCUGCAAGGAUAAACUUUGUAGCGGGGCAGGGGAAAAAGAGGGAGAAACAUUGGGGAUAGUCACAUUGGAAGGGGUGGGAGAUGAGGAAAUGUCGGCCGGGCAAAGAGGCAUGGUGAGUCAAAUAGGAAUUCUGGCUUAAUGAAGUGGUGAUUAAAGAGCUCAGCCAUGUGCUUCUUUACAGUAACAUAAUCAACGUUAAGGGACAUGGGCAGCUGUGAGGAGGAGGGUUUAUUCUCCAGGUCUUUAACUGUUUUCCAGAACUUCUUGGGGUUAGACCCACAGAGAGAUUAAUGUUAAAAUAAAAUACUACCUGCCCACGCAGCAAAUUAAUAUUGUAGUUACAAUUCAUAUGCUCAGCAAAGUAUAGUUUAGUAAACUCACAUUGGCUUAUAUAACGAGACAGCAUAAACAUUUACAAAUAGAAUUGCUACAUGAAAUGCCUAUCCACUUUUAUAUCCAUUAUAUUUUCUUUACUAUGACAUUGGCAAGCUCAAAACAUAAUGGAUUACGUGCCAAGAAUAGCACAGUGCUUGCUUCUGUUCUAUUCCAAACAGUAACAUUUUUAUACUUGUGUAUGAACAUAUUUACUAUAGGAUUCUUGCGGCAGAGAGGGUGCUGUUAUUUUCACCAUUACUUUCCAUGGAGCAGUGUUGACUAGGAUUAAAAUGAGGGUUGCUAAAUAUAUUGUAUAUGCAAUGAGACAGGUAUUGCUCAAAACGCUUUGAAUUGAAUAUUUGAAGUCUUCAAGCUUUAUUGGUUGGUUUGAGUGGUAAGCAAUGUAUGAGGAAUGUAAAAUAGUCAACUGUUCCAUUCUCUUACAUAAAUACGAUUUAUGUCUCUGCUUGAAGGAAAGAAUUGUUAGAAAUUAAGAUAAUUUUGUUGGAAUGUUUUCUGACUAAGAAUCUCCUUUUUUCACUGUGGUGGGAAAAUACAAAAGUGCACUUGUAUCCCUGAAGUUUGUUUUGAAUGUCUCUGGGUUGAUACUAUAAAAUUAGCCUUGUGUGUCA